GUAGAUUGAUCUUUUCCCUCCAACAACGCAUCGAGGCUCCUUUUCUGUUUUGAAUCGGAGCAUAAACGGUCAACCAGAGAGCCAUGGCAGCCGCAGCUGCUUCUGUAGCCCAGCUCGAUCCGAGCAAUAGUUCCAAAACCACUUUGAAGCUUGAAAAUACCGAGAAAAGAGACGCUCUUAUUGCAAUCGAGAAGAAAUACCAGGCACAAUGGAAGAAGGAAAAGGUCUUCGAAGUCGACGCCCCUUCCCUUUCGGAGGUCCCGCCUGGCACCAUGUCUGCUGCAGAACUUCGUGAAAAGUUCCCGAAGUUCUUUGGAACCAUGGCAUACCCCUAUAUGAACGGUACCCUACAUGCUGGUCACAGUUUUACCGCAAGCAAAGUCGAGUUCAUGACCGGCGUGGCACGUAUGGAGGGUAAGAGGUCCCUGUUCCCUCUCGGCUUCCACUGCACCGGUAUGCCCAUCAAGGCCUGCGCGGAUAAGCUCGCAGACGAGGUUCAGAAGUUUGGAAAGAACUUUGAGCACUACAAGGAAGAGGAUGAACAAGCACCGGACACUUCUACCCCGGCUCCCACGCAGGACAUCAAGGCAGAACCGGACAAGUUCUCCGGGAAGAAGAGCAAGGCCGCUGCAAAGACCGUGAAGAUGAAGUACCAGUUCCAAAUCAUGCUAGCAAUCGGUAUACCGCUCCAGGAUAUCCAUAAAUUCUCAGAUGCUUCAUAUUGGCUUCAGCACUUUCCUCCUCUCACCAUUCAGCAUCUCGACAGCCUGGGUGCGAAAAUUGAUUGGCGGAGACAGAUGGUCACCACAGAUGCAAACCCAUAUUACGAUGCCUUUGUGCGCUGGCAGAUGAACCGCCUUCAUGAAUUGGGCAAGAUUUUGUACGGGAACCGAUACACCAUCUACUCCCCGAAGGACGGCCAACCCUGUAUGGACCACGACCGGACUGAAGGUGAAGGUAUUGGUCCUCAAGAAUAUACGGCUAUGAAGCUGAAAGUGAAGGAAUGGUCGCCAGUAGCUGCGGAGCUUGUCAAGGGUAAGAUUGAGGAUGAUGCUGAUGUUUACUUCAUCCCGGCUACUCUCCGCCCAGAGACCAUGUAUGGGCAGAACUGCUGCUUCGUCGGCCCGAAGAUCAACUAUAGCAUCUUUAGGGUUAAAGAGAAGGAGUACUUUAUUGCAACUAAGAGGGCUGCCUGGAACAUGGCUUUCCAAGGAUUCUUUUUUGACUACGAACACUUCCCCAAGUCCCAGGAUCAGCUGCCGAUCGUCGCUGAUAUUCCAGGAUCCACCUUUGUUGGAACUCUCGUCAAUGCACCGCUGUCUUUCCACACUGAGGGUGUCAGAAUCUUGCCUAUGGAUAGCGUUUCUGCAACAAAGGGAACUGGUGUUGUCACUUCGGUGCCCUCUGACAGCCCUGACGACUACGCCACUAUGGCCGAUCUCGCGAAGAAGCCUGACUUCUACGGGAUCAAGAAGGAAUGGGCGGAACUGGACAUCAUCCCUCUUAUUGAAACGCCAACGUACGGGAACCUAACCGCUCCUGCGCUAGUUAAGAAACUCAAGAUCAACUCUCCCAAGGACGUCAACCAACUGGCACAGGCCAAGGAACUCGCGUACAGCGAAGCAUUCUAUAAAGGUACUAUGCUAGUGGGAGAGUUCAAGGGUGAGCCAGUGAGUGCUGCAAAGGAGAAAAUCCGCAAGUCCCUGUACGAGAGCGGUGAUGCUUUCCCCUUCGCCGAUCCAAUGGGUAAGGUUGUCAGCCGAAGCGGCGAUGAUUGCGUCGUUGCCUAUCUCCCUCAGUGGUUCCUGAACUAUGGCGAGAGUGAUGCACAGUGGCAGCAUGAGACUCUUAACUUUGUUCAGAAUACCCUCAACACCUAUUCUCCGGAAACAAAGAAUGGUUUCGAGAAGAACCUUACUUGGCUUAACAGAUGGGCGUGUGCAAGAACAUACGGCUUGGGCUCCAAGCUCCCGUGGGAUCCUAAAUUCCUCGUAGAGAGUCUGAGCGACAGCACCGUUUAUAUGGCUUACUACACAAUUGCUCACCUCCUGCACGGUGACCGUUAUGGCAACACGCCGGGUCUCCUCAAUGUGAAGGCCGAACAAAUGACAGACGAGGUCUGGGAUUACGUUUUCACAAGACGCGAACUUAACGACGAACUCAUCUCGAAGACUGGCAUUAGCAAAGAGGCACUGCAAGCUAUGCGGAGAGAAUUUGAGUACUGGUACCCGCUAGACGUUAGGGUAUCCGGGAAAGAUCUUAUUCAAAACCAUCUUACUUUCUUCCUUUACAUUCACAUUGCUCUUUUCCCACCGGAGUACUGGCCUCGGUCCAUCCGAGUCAAUGGCCAUCUACUCCUGAAUGGUGAGAAGAUGAGCAAGAGCACUGGAAAUUUCCUCACACUUAAGGAUGCUGUCGACAAAUUCGGCGCUGAUGCGGCUCGUAUCGCAUUCGCUGAUGCAGGUGAUGGUAUCGAAGAUGCUAACUUUGAAGAGACUGUUGCAAACAGCAACAUUCUGAGAUUGUUCACUCUGAAAGAUUGGAUUGAGGAGAUUGCUAAAGAUGAGACUCUGCGUACUGGACCUGCUAAUGCAUUCUGGGACAAGUUGUUUGUCAAUGAACUGGACACCCUGGUCCGCGAAGCAAGGACACAUUAUAGAGACACGAACUUCAAGCUUGCUCUGAAGUCUUGUCUCUAUGACUUCACGAGCGCACGUGAUGCCUACCGUGAGGCGGUAACUGCCGCAGGCGUGGGUAUGCAUCGUGAUGUUGUCCUUCGCUACAUUGAGCUUCAGGCUCUUAUGCUCUCUCCAAUUGCUCCUCACUGGGCCGAGUAUAUCUGGCGCGAGAUUCUCAAUAAGCCCGAAUCUAUUCACUAUGCACGCUUCCCUGAGGUCCCGGAGCCGUCCCCAGAAUUGUCUGCCGCAUUGAACUACGUGCGGACCACUGCCUCCAGUAUUACCUCCUCCGAGGCUUCAUUUGCAAAGAAGCUAGCCAAGGGCAAAGCGUCAACCUUCGAUCCCCGGAAACCCAAGAAGCUUACCAUCUACGCUGCCAAGAAGUAUCCCUCGUGGCAGGAAAAGUAUAUCGACCUCGUCCGCGAAGCCUUCGAUGCCGUCAGUAUCUCGAUCAACGACAAGGAGCUGAACCCGAAGGUGGCUAAAUUUGGUGAGAUGAAGAAGGCAAUGCCGUUCGUUCAGAACUUGAAGCGACGUCUUAUCCAGGGCAAGGAAUCACCGGAGAUUGUGUUUGAGAGAAAGCUGCCUUUCGAUGAGUUUGCUGUUCUGGGUGAGAUGAUCGGCAACCUGAAGAGGAUCACUGGAUGCAAAGAAAUUGAAGUCGUCUCUGUCGAUGAAGGCGGGAAGACCGGAGAGGUCCUCGGUACUGGUGAGAAGAGGGAGGGUCUGCAGGCUGAGAACGCCAUCCCUGGCCAGCCAACAUUCACCUUUGCAAAUAUUGCAGAGUGA